AUGACAAACCGUCACAUCCCACUCGAAAGGAGACAAAGCGGUCCCUCUGGUGCUGUUCUCGAACUCACCCGCAAAGGUCCAGAUGGAUUCUACGAUGUAAUCUACACCGUCGAUGUCCAGGCUGGUACUCCUCCAAGGACAUUUCCAAUGCUGGUCGAUACGGGCUCUAGCGACAUGUGGAUCGCCGCGACAUCGUGUUCCGGUUGUCGGGCAGCCCCCGCGCUCUACGACGCUGCCUCGUCUUCGUCUACAAUCCCCACGGGCCAAGAUUUCGAAUACAACUAUCUAGUAGGAACAGCAUCUGGCCCAAUUAUCUGGGACCAAGUGUCCCUGGGUUCCUAUACUAUCGAGCGCCAGGCCUUUGCUUCUGUCACUGCCGCAACAAACGAGGCUUUUGAACUUGGAUUCAGCGGUAUUCUUGGUCUCGCUCUCCCUCCCAUCUCACGAAUCUUGACACUCUUACCGGCUGGAAGCGGCGGCGGCAAUCAAGACGGUGCGACACUGGCCAGUAAUCUCUUUGGCUUGCCCACAGCUCAAGCGCCAAGGGAACCUUUUUCGCCAUUUCCCUCUCCAGAUUCGAUUUCGAAAAAGGUAGCGCCAGUUGUUCAUCAUUUUGCAUCCGAAGACGCGUUUAACAAGGCCAUCCGAUGGACGGAUCUCACUGCCACUGGGAGCGGUUAUGCGCAUUGGAAGGCUCGUCUGACCGAUAUUACCGUCUACAAUGACGGCCUUGUGCAGCAAGUUGGCCUUCCGAGGAGCGGAGAUUCAGGACUCUAUCCAGUAGCCGUACUCGAUACCGGAGGAUCGACCAUGCUCGCAUCCAAAAGGAUUUGCGAUGCCAUCUAUGGUAGCUGGGGCGUCUCGAUCAGCGAAGACGGAAAGUACUAUGUCCCAUGCAACAAACCGCUCAACCUCACGAUUACGCUGGGUACCGAGGGCGUACCCAUUCCACUCCAUCCGCUCGACAUGUCUUCGUACAUUAACAAUGACCGCAAUUCCAAUCCAACGACCUGCCUUGGUUCUCUCCAAGCAAAUGCACUUCUAGGAAACAUGAAUUCACCCGGCGACAUUGUCCUCGGCAUCCCCUUUCUCCGCAACGUCUAUGCCAUUCAUUCGCUUGCGACCACCUCGCAAGCGACCCCGCCCACAGGUGUCAACACAGACGGCAGCACAUCCAUGCCCCGUCUCGGUCUCAUCCCCCUCACCGACAUUAACCUCGCCAUUACCGAAUUCGAAAACGUUCGUCUACAUAACCUCGCCCCGGACGGAACGCGAAACUCUCUCGUCACAGAUCCAGAUUCCGCUCGGAGGUCCAUGGGUAUGCUCGGAAAGAUUAUGCUUGGGCUCGGCGUCUUUGUCGCUGUUUGCGUCGUGCUCUUUGGCGCCCGGUGGUUUGUCCUCGAUCGGAGGUUCAAGCAGCGUCGAAGAGCUGGGGAGCCGUCCGAGGAAGGUAUGCCCAUGUCUGAGCGCGCAAGGAGUAUUGUACGUCGUGUCACGCGUCGAGAUCGAGACGAAGCCGUGAGCGAGUUUGGUGUUCCUGAGAAUAUCGAGGGUCAAGCUGCGACGAGGUCAGCGUUUGGACAUGGGAACCUUACGAGGGAGAAUACAGUCAUCUCGGCCAAACGACAAUCGACGGGACCGUUUGCUGGUUUCUCGUUCUUGACGUUUAUUGGUGCCAGGCGAUUAGGGUUUGGUGGAGGGUACCAGCGUACAGCCAAUCCAGCGCACGAGCAGUCGGAUAUGCCCACCGAGGACGAGAUUCGGCAGCAAAAAUAUGAAGAAUAUCAGCAAAAGAAGCUGGAGAGGCUCGAGUGGGCAAAGAGGAAUCGAAAUAAUGACACGAGCGUCUGGAGUGACAUGACUUGGGUGGAUAGAGGUGAUGGGACGUUUACCCCGACUGCUGCACCUGGACGACCGCCAGCGACGCCAAACGAGACCGUGUUUGGGAGCACAACGAAUCUCAAUGCCUAUGGAUACACAAAGGAUGUCGACGACUUUGGAGCGUAUAAUGAUGGCGGACGGGAUCAUAGCGACAACGGCAGCACGGAAAAGGGGAGCACCUUGCACGGUAGCCCACCGUUUGACAAGAACGCUGCCGGAUUUCGCCAGAGUCAUGCAGGAUCCCUUGGAGGACGUGCGAGCCAGGAGCGACUAUCGUUCCUCCCUCCAGGUGGACAACCAGGUUCAUCUUCGCCCAUGCACAUGACGCACCAUUCCGUUCCCUCUCUCGACCUCAACCGCCCGCCUCGUGCAGACUCUGGGACGGUCACUGCCAGUCCGUACCCAAUGACACCAGCGGAUGCGAAUGCCGACUCGCAAGCGUCAGGGUCGCUUGGUUCGUUUAAUCCCUAUAACGUACCCGUUAGCGUCUCUGCGCCUUCCCCUCCCGCACAUCCGAUUCGAGGACGGUUCACACUGGCCAUGGAGCCCUCGCUCUCGCCGUUGACAGAGAUCAACUCGUCCGAGUUUCCACCUUCCAUCUCCAACGAGGUUGUCAAGGAUGCGACCAAGCGGGCCAGCUUGUUGGGGACUGCACCGGUUGUUGGUCCACCUCCGAGCCAGAGUGACGAGGCACAGCGCCAACGACUUCGCGAUUCGCUGGAGAGGCAGGAUAGUCUGAAAAGUCUGGGUAGUAUGAGUGAUUCAAGCGACGUUCUCGUGCCUUUGCCAAUCUCCCUCAUGAAACUCACUUCCGUCUAUGAUUCUAGUACGAUUUCGACUCCACCGAGGCAUGUUAUACGCAUGUCAGACUCGCCACCUCCAGAUGAUGAAGUUCAACAGUCGCCUCCUCGCCAUGCUCCAGUACCACAUCCGCCACCAAUGCAGCACUCGCCACCCAGGGAGAUGGAUACGACAUUGACGCCAGCACAUCCGAUCCGCCCACCCAUUGAGAGAACGUAUCAUUCUUCCCCAGGUGCCGUUCCUGGUCCUAGCAGGGAUCCCUACGAUCUCCUGAGUUUGGAUCCGCUCGGAGGUGCCAACUCGCGAUUCCCGACGUUUGAUAGUUUGGGUAUGCGAGACUCACGGUUCCCCGUCUUUGCACCAUCUUCGUCAAAAGCAACACCUCGCCCAGCAAACCCAAGAUCGUUUUCCGCUUCGCCCUCUCGCCCAUCGUCCUCUGCCCUCGACGGUGUCGCGCGACCACGACCUCGUGGGACGGAUCCUCUCCCUGCUCGACCACACUCGGAGAUGCCAUCGCAGACAUUCCAAGUUCCGACCAUGCCUGCUGCGAUGCAGGAGCACAGGCCGCGAACGGGUUCACAUGGAAGCUCGAAUCUAGCACGAAUGGCACCCAUCACGGCCAAUACAGAAUCGCCACUUGCAGAACCAUCGACGUCGAUCAGAGAUUUCGAACCACCGCAUGUCCCUCGACCAGUCGCUCAUCAGACUUUACCCGUCAACCCACCGUCUCGACCCGAUUUGGGACCUCAGCGUAAGACGGAACCGACGUACCAUUCGAUGGGUGUAAAGAGUCGCGGUCCGCGUCCACUUGUGCGGGGAUCCGCGUCGUCGACUCACUCGCCGCCGCACAUUGGUUCAGAGGCCGCCUCGUCUCAUUCGAGUCGGCAGACGACCGGAGAUGUUCGGUACGAUUCGCCGGCAAGUUAUGGUAGUCAACCAAGCCCUGGUGGUUCUCUCCCACCUGGCGCAAUGCCCCCACAGGUUCCUGGCUCUCGUUCCAGUCAGGAGCGCUCAUCAUCACAGACAAGACAAGAGCAAGAUGCCCCGAGGAGGAUGCAUGCAGAAGAGAAUAUGAAUACAGCUUAUGGAGGUUUCGCGCCAUGA